AUUCGACUCAAAUGGGGCGGCCGGAAGUACGAGAAUGUGCAGGGCCAGUUUGUCACGUCGCCCAUUUAUCAAAGACUGUCGAGGAUCAUGUUCGUCUACGCCAUUUUCAUGCUGCAGUUCCAGAUCGCGUCCGUCGUGCUGUACGCUAUGCCGAAUAAAGAGUACAAGCUGAUCGAUUUUAUCAGCGCCAGUGCUGUGAUCUACUGCGUCUCUGGCCUGGCACUCGCUAUUACGACCAUGUGCAGUCAAGCGUGUGUCCUCGAGUUCUGCCGCUGCUGUUUACCGGACGAUGUGGAAGCCCAAGUUGAAGCGCGACUCAUGCAACCCGGAGAAUUAUUAUCACCGCAAGACACGCCAGGGCUUGUUGAAUCGGCCGAGCCCCCGCUUGUCAACCCUGUGUUUGUGUUUACAGAUAUUCAGCAAUCCAGUGCACUCUGGGGCGUCGGGGACGGAUUUAUCAUGCAGCGAGCGACCGAGAUCCACGACAACAUUUUACGAUCCUCACUCAUGACGUACAGAGGAUACGAAAUCACGACAGCCGGUGACGCGUUCCAGUUGGCCUUCCACACAGUUCGUGAGGCCGUCGAGUACUGCUUGGACGUGCAAAUGCAGUUACUGGAAGCUCCGUGGCCGAAAGAACUGCACGGGUUACUACCCGCGACUAGGAAGGUGCGUUCAGGCCACCAUCUUGUUUUUUGUGGCCUGCGUGUUCGAAUGGGCAUCCACGAUGCUGUGGAUUCAGAUGGACCGUUGAUACUGGACGUACACGCCGUGACGGGGAAAAUGACGUACACAGGCGCGUCUGAAGUUAUCGCUAAUGAGAUUGGAGAUUUAGGCGACGGCGGCCAGAUUCUGGUCACGAGACGCAUAGCGGACUGGCUGUUCAUGUACGCGGAUCUGGUGGUGAUCCCCUGUUCAGUUGAUCGUGUUGGAGAGUACACGGUGCCUAUGAUCAACGCGACGGUGGAGGUUUACCAGGUCAUCCCGUUGGAGUUGGCCAAACGCAAGAAGAAAUUCACGACGACACUCAAGAAGCGCGUGAGUUCGCAUCCGUACGGCAGUAGUCAGUCUCUCAAUGACAACACUCCGCCCGGUUUGAGCACUGAGGCUGCUGAACGCCGGCGCAACCUGUACGCUUGGCGUGAACGUCGGCGCCAACUGGAGCAGGUGGCACUAAAUCGCCACGCCUCCUCCCACACAAUGCUGGUCGCUGAAGCUGUCGACCGCGGAUCGACCUUAACGCGCAAUAGCAGCAUGUAAACUAGCAAGCUGAACUCAGUAUAGUAAUAAUAAAAAAAAUAGAUCAAAAGUCGAAUGAAUGCAGAAAGGUAGAAUCAAUCCCUG